CGAACCCACACGGCCAAGCUGAGGUCCUUCUGACCCAGCCAUGGCGACCCAUUGCCUCCCCCCUUGGUCACUCGCCGCAUCCACCGCCACUCGUGCCAUCGCAGCCCCGACCUGCGCUACCCACCGCCCACUGCCCUGCCACCGCCGCUGCCGCCCCCUGGCUAUCACCUAUCAGCCACCGCUCGUCGGCGAUGGAUGCUCUCCGCGUGACGGGGGACGCCGAGCCGCUUCUCCGCCCCGCCGCCGGCGGGGGACACCCCAGGCUCCGCGUGCGGACCCAUGCGCAGGGCGAGGGCGAUGCCGGGCGUGGCACCGCGGCGGGGGGCGCGGCGUUCUCGUGGGCACCCGUCAUCCUCCCGUUCUUGUUCCCUGCAUUGGGCGGACUCCUUUUCGGCUAUGACAUUGGCGCAACCUCUGGAGCAACAAUCUCUGUACAAUCUGCUGAUCUCAGUGGCACCACUUGGUUCAACCUUUCAUCUGUACAACUGGGGCUUGUGGCAAGUGGUUCACUUUAUGGUGCUCUUGGUGGCUCUAUUCUCGCAUACCGUGUUACAGAUUUUCUAGGUGAAUUAAAAAGCUACACCAAUUUAAUUUCCUUACUAUACUUAUUUGAUAAGGGGGCGGAUAACUUCUACCAUCUUGGUACAGGAAGGAGAAUAGAAUUGGUCACCGCGGCUGCAUUGUAUAUUCUUGGUGCUUUGGUCACUGGAUUUGCUCCUAAUUUUGUAGCUCUAAUCAUAGGUCGUAUCCUUUAUGGGAUUGGUAUUGGAUUGGCAAUGCAUGGUGCGCCACUUUACAUUGCAGAGACUUCUCCUUCGCAAAUACGCGGAACAUUGAUAUCUUUGAAGGAGCUGUUUAUUGUGUUAGGAAUACUGUUUGGAUACCUUAUAGGAAGUUUUGAAAUUGACAACGUAGGAGGAUGGCGGUACAUGUUUGGUUUUGGCGCUCCGCUUGCAGCUGUUAUGGCUAUCGGUAUGUGGAGUUUACCACCUUCACCAAGAUGGCUACUUCUCAGGGCAGUUCAAGGAAAGGGAUCUAUGGAGGAUAAUAAAAAGAAAGCAAUUCAAGCCCUUAGAACAUUGAGGGGCAGCUCAGCAAGUGAGAAGGUUUUAGCAGAUGAUGUUGAAGAUACCAUUAUCUCUAUUAAGGCUGCCUAUGCCGGACAGGAAGGUGAAGGAAAUAUUUGGGAGGUAUUUGAGGGAGCUAGCUUGAAGGCCUUCAGCAUUGGAGGAGGGCUGGUUCUGUUUCAGCAGAUAACAGGUCAGCCAAGUGUUCUAUAUUAUGCAGCUUCGAUACUUCAGACUGCUGGGUUCUCAGCGGCAUCAGAUGCUGCCAGAGUGGCAAUUUAUAUUGGGUUGUUCAAGUUGCUAAUGACAGGUGUUGCGGUAUUGAAAGUUGAUGAUCUUGGAAGGCGCCCAUUAUUGAUUGGAGGUGUUGGUGGAAUCGCUCUGUCACUCUUCUUACUUGCAGCUUACUACAAGAUUCUGAACAACUUUCCAUUUGUUGCUGUUGGCGCUUUACUUCUUUAUGUUGGUGCUUACCAGGUCUCAUUUGGUCCAAUUAGUUGGCUAAUGGUGUCUGAGAUAUUUCCCCUCCGAACAAGAGGACGUGGGAUCAGCCUCGCAGUACUAACAAAUUUCGGCUCGAAUGCGUUGGUGACAUUUGCAUUUUCACCCUUGCAGGAAUUCCUUGGGCCAGAGAAUAUCUUUUUCCUGUUUGGGGCCAUAGCAGUGCUAGCCCUCGUGUUUGUGAUCCUCAAUGUUCCCGAGACAAAAGGACUGAGCUUGGAGGAGAUCGAGUCUAAGAUCCUGAAGUAAAAUGGCGCGGUCAGGGCUCUACAGCCCCAGUUGUCGGCCAGAAAGUUCAAUGCCGUUUACAACAUGGAUUGCUCACUCGUAGGAUCUGAGUGCGUCAAAGUUUCAGACUUUGAGUGCAUAAGCAGGACACGUCUCGGUGUAAAUUGUGCUUGCCACAUGUAUUGCUGUUGCUACUUCCCAUUGAUGCAUCUGCAACCAGGCUAGACUUUGUUCAGCAUCUGGAGUGUCACUGAACCAAAUAGACAUGACAAUCAAGAAGCUCAUGAAACAAAAAUGCGACGGGCAAUGGAAACCUGACCACCGCAUUUAACAAUACCUGCUCAUUUAGCAUUGAUUAAGCUCGUCCACGAGACAGCGAUAUUCUGUAA